AUGCGUAUCGGAGUGUUUGUUGGAGCGUCGACGGCCGAUCUGAUGAGCCUUGACGAACUGAUCGGGCGGAUCAAGCAGGCGGAAGAGGACGGGUUCGACAGCUUCUGGGUGCCGCACAUUUCGGCGCGAGGUUACGACGCGCUGACGGUGCUGGCGCUGGCGGGAGUGCAGACCAGCCGGAUCGAACUCGGGGUCGGCGUGGUGCCGACCUAUCCCCGGCAUCCGGUUGCAAUGGCGCAACACGCGCUGACCACGGCGGCGGCGAGCAACGGGCGGUUCCUGCUGGGACUCGGGCCAUCGCACCGCCCGGGCAUUGAGGGGAGCUUUGGGCUGUCGUACGACCGGCCGGCGCUGCACGUGCGGGAGUACCUGUCGGUGCUGCGUCCGCUGAUGGAGGAAGGUCGGGUGCAAUUCUCCGGCGAGUUCUACAACGUGAACGCGGAACUGGACGUGCUGGACCGGCCAAAGUGUCCGGUGCUGAUUUCGGCGUUGGCGCCGCGCAUGCUGCGGCUGGCCGGCGAACGGGCUGACGGGACCAUCACCUGGAUGGCGGGGCCACGCACGAUCCGCGAACACAUCACGCCGCGUAUCGGGCAGUCGGCGGAGGCCAGCGGACGGGACAUGCCCCGCGUGUGCGUGGGCCUGCCGACGACGGUGUGCGACGACGAGGCCACCGGCCGACGCCAGGCUGCGGAGGCCUACGAACGAUACGGGACGCUGGUGAACUACCGCCGGGUGCUGGACAUCGAGGGCGUGGAAGGUCCGUCGGAGGUGGCGGUGAUCGGCAACGAGGAGGCGCUGCGCCGUCAGCUGGAGGAGUUCGCCGCCGGCGGGGCCACCGACUUCAUGGCCAACAUCUUCGCCGGCGAGGACGACGGCGAGACGGGGCCGCGGACCUACGCGGCGCUGAAGGAGUUGGUGGGGAAGGUCUGA